AUGGCCGUCCAGUCUUCGCCUCUAGAUGUCACCGCCAAAGAUGCGAGCCCCCCCCAGCCGUUCGGUGCUCUAAGAUCAACGGUGGCCACUGCUGUAGCGGCUGUUGUAUCUGCUGCUGCGGCAUUCCGGGACGCGGCAGAAGCAGUUCCGAUAAACGUACAAGAAGCCGCUCAGCAAAGACACGCGGAGGAGGAACGGUUAGAAACGUCGUUUUUCGACGGCGUGCGAAGCAGAGCGUCACCCUCGCUAUUGUCACUCGCUGCCAUGUCAGCAGCGCCGCUGGCCAUCCCCAUCAAGAGCUCUCUGACCGCCUUCUUCUCCAACCUUCGUGCGAACCCCACCUUCAUGUCGGCUCUUAUUGCGUGGGCUCUCGCGCAAAUCCUCAAGGUGUUCACGAACCUCUACUUCAAAAAGACGUUCGACAUCCGAAUGGUUGUGUCGUCAGGCGGCAUGCCGUCGUCGCACACCGCCCUCUGCGUCGCCGUCACCACCUCCGUUGCCCUGCUGCAUGGCGUGGGGGGCCCGCUGUUCCCCGUCUGUCUCGCGUUCUCCUCCAUUAUCAUGUACGACGCCACCAACGUGCGCUACCACGCCGGCGUGCAAGCAGAGGUUCCAAGCAGAGCAGACCCCAUCUGCCUCGCGUUCUCGCUCAUCAUCAUGUAUAACGCCAACCACGGGGGAGUGCAAGCAGAGGUACGCUUUUUACUGCUGCUACAGAGCAGAACCUUUAUCUGCCUUGCGUUCUCGCUCAUCAUCGUGUAUGACGCUACCAACAUGCGCUACCACGUGGGGGUGCAAGCAGAGGUUCUGAAUGUGGUGGUGGAAGAGAUGCUGGAGGGCCAUCCAAUCAGCGAGAAGAAGCUAAAGGAGCUCCUGGGGCACACCCCCUUGCAGGUGGUUGGAGGCUUCAUCCUUGGUGUUGUUACAGCCUUUGUAUACCAUUACAAGACAGGACAAAUGUAUGGGUGGGCGUGA